AUGGUUCAAUGUUUCCUUCCACGCGCUCUCAACACAUCAAUUUCUCUGGCAUCAUUCAGCAUGAGGCGUCUCAAGGCACCCCGACAGGGCUCGGCGAAGCGCUCGUUCAGCACAACGAGAUCGUUGAAGGCCCCGGCUGAAGAGGCCACUGGCACCUAUACGGAAGCGGAUCACGAGCAUGCCGUCAUCUCGACCUUUGAUCUCUUCUCCAUCGGCAUCGGGCCCUCUUCCUCGCACACAGUGGGGCCCAUGCGCGCUGGCAACAUCUUUGUCGCGGAUCUGUUCGAGGCUGGUCUGCUGCACAAAGUCAAUAAGAUCCGCGUCUCCAUCUAUGGCAGUUUGGCACUGACGGGCGAGGGCCACAUGACGCCCUCCGCCCUGUUGCUUGGCCUCGAGAGCGAGGAUGUGGAGACUGUCGACACUGCCUAUGUGCCCACGCGCUUCUCAGACAUCAAGACGACCAAGAAGCUCUACCUGGGUCGCAGACUGCCCGAUGGCAAGGGCAAGGAAGUGGACUUUGAUUACAGUCGCGACUUUGUGUGGGAGUGGGGUCGCAAGCUACCUUUGCACAGCAACGGGAUGCGGUUCACCGUCUUUGAUGAGGACGGCUAUGUUCUGGCACGCAACGACAUGUUCAGCGUGGGAGGUGGAUUCGUUGUCAACGGCUCUUUAUCUAUCGCGCCAGGGCAGCAGCUUGAGGGCAGUGAGGAUGCCGCUGAGUCGCCCGCCGAUGUGGAAGCGAGUGGCAAGCAACACCCCGUCGAUCUGGCGGAGAACAUGUACUACAAGGAGAUCAGGCGUGCCGACGCGGCUGGCGACCGCAAGACAGGCGCAGAAGUCAGGUCUCUCCCUGAUGGCGGUGCUGAGCCGGCAACCCAUGCUAUGCUCGGACAAGACCCGAGCCAAGCGGACCAGCAGCACCAGGGGCCAACCUCGAUCCAAGCACACGAUGAGACCUCCAGCAUUGACCCCAAGGCAGGCGACGAGGGCUCGUUCCAGGGUCCACGCUAUCCCUUCCACGAUGCGCAGAGCUUGCUGGCCUUGUGCCAGAAGCACAACCUGACUAUAGCCCAGCUGGUCUAUGAAAACGAAAAGGGCCUUGGCCACACGGACGAAGAGAUCUACGAGAAGGUCUUCAAGAUUUGGCAGGUCAUGGACGAAAGUAUCUUGGAGGGCGUGCAGGCAACCGAGGAGACACUGCCAGGCUCCCUGAAGCUGCAUCGACGUGCUCCCGCGCUGUACCGACGCUUGACAAGAGGUCUAUACCCGUCACUUUCUCAACAAAACGGGGAUGGCAAGCCAAGUAGCCAUCGACACAACGACGGCGACAGCCAAAUGCCCGGACUCUCGGGCGGCGCAGCAAUGAAACAGCUCGCUGUGAACAAGCCCAAGGACAUGGCAAUGGGCCACCGCCGCAUCCCCCGUAUCCACGGUUCCCUAGAGCAUCCCAUCAGCCCGUCGCCCACUCGUCGCACCACGUUUCCCACCAUGGACUACUUGACCGUGUAUGCCAUCGCGGUCAACGAGACCAACGCCGCCGGUGGCCGCAUCGUCACAGCGCCCACAAACGGCGCCGCCGGCAUCAUCCCCGCUGUGCUCAAGUAUGUCAUUGAGUUUGUCAGCGACGACCCUGAGCGCGACGUGCCCACGUUCCUCCUCACCGCCGCCGCCAUCGGUAUGCUGUACAAGCGAGGCGCCACCAUCUCCGCCGCCGAGGGCGGCUGCAUGGCCGAGGUCGGCGUCGCCUGCUCCAUGGCGGCCGGUGCCUUUGCCGCGUGCAUGGGCGCCAGUCCCCAGACGAUCGAGCAGGCGGCCGAGAUUGGCAUCGAGCACAACCUGGGCCUGACGUGCGAUCCCAUCGGUGGCCUCGUCCAGGCGCCCUGCAUAGAGCGCAACGCGCUCGGUGCCAUCAAGGCCAUCUCGAGCGCCAACUUGGCCCUGAGCAGCGACGCCAAGCUGCAAAAGGUCAGGCUGGACGAUGCCAUUGCCGCCAUGAGGCUGACGGCCAAGGGCAUGAGGAAUGAGUUCAAGGAGACGAGCUUGAGUGGGCUGGCGACGAGCGUGCCUUUCAAUAUCCCUGUCAGUGUGCCAGACUGUUAG